AUGAUCAUCAGCAUCUCUCUGAUCUGGGCGGUCCUGGUGGGCUUCUGCUGCCUGCUGUGGCUGGCUGUGGGGACACGCCGCAGGCAGCCAGGUGAGCCCGCCGUGGAGAACGGCUUCAUCCCAUACCUGGGCUGUGCUCUGCAGUUUGGAGCCAACCCUCUCCAGUUCCUCCGCAGCCGCCAGAAGAAAUACGGACACAUCUUCACCUGCAAGAUCGCUGGAAAGUACAUCCACUUCCUGUGUGACCCCUUCUCCUACCACUCCGUCAUCAGACAGGGCAGACACCUGGACUGGAGGAAAUUCCACUUCGCCACAUCAGUCAAGGCGUUCGGUCAUGACAGCUUCGACCCUCGGCACGGUCACACCACAGAGAACCUCCACCAGACUUUCCUGAAGACCCUGCAGGGGGAGGCUCUUCCCUCCCUUAUAGAGACCAUGAUGGGUCACCUGCAGGACGUCAUGCUGAAAUCAGACACGCUCAGCCCCAGCAAGGAGCACUGGGAGGUGGACGGCAUCUUCGCCUUCUGCUACAAGGUGAUGUUUGAGUCUGGAUACCUGACUCUGUUUGGGAAAGAGUUUGGUGACGAUAAGUGUCAGGCCCGGCAGGAGGCUCAGAAAGCUCUGGUGCUCAACGCUUUGGAGAACUUCAAAGAGUUUGACAAGAUCUUCCCAGCGCUGGUGGCCGGUCUUCCCAUCCACGUCUUCAAGAGCGCCUACAGCGCCAGAGAGAACCUGGCAAAGACCAUGAACGCUGAAAACCUUUCUAAGAGGGAGAACCUGUCUGAUCUGAUCUCCAUGAGGAUCAUCCUGAACGAUUCUCUGUCCACCUUCAACGACGUGAGCAAGGCCAGGACCCAUGUGGCUCUGCUGUGGGCUUCACAGGCCAACACCCUGCCUGCCACCUUCUGGAGCCUCUUCUACAUGAUCAGGAGUCCAGAUGCCAUGAAAGCAGCUCGUGAGGAGGUGCAGAAGGUUCUGGAUGUUUCAGGUCAGACAGCCGACCCCAACAACCCCACACUGAACAUGAGCAGGGAACAGCUUGACAACAUGCCUGUGCUGGACAGCAUCAUAAAGGAAGCCAUGCGUCUCUCAAGCGCCUCCAUGAACGUGCGGAUAGCCAAGGAGGACUACCUGCUCCAACUUGACAACCAGGAAGCUUACCGUAUAAGGAAAGAUGACGUCAUAGCCCUGUACCCUCCCAUGCUGCACUUUGACCCGGAGAUCUACGAGGACCCAUAUGAGUACAAGUUUGACCGUUACCUGGACGAGAAGGGUCAGGAGAAGACCACGUUCUACCGCAACGGCCGGCGUUUGCGGUACUUCUACAUGCCAUUCGGCUCGGGGGUCACCAAAUGUCCGGGCAGGUUCUUUGCGGUGUACGAGAUCAAACAGUUCCUGAUUCUGGUGCUGAGCUACUUUGACAUGCAGCUGCAGGACCCGGCCAUCAAAGUCCCACCACUGGACCAGUCCCGAGCGGGUCUGGGGAUCCUGCAGCCCACGUAUGACGUGAACUUUAGGUACAAGCUGAAAUCUGCUCAGUAGACUGAAGAACAUACUGUACAUAGUGUAAAUGUGAUGAAGGAGCUGUUGAUGUAAAUAGACUGAAUGAUGUAUUUGUGUUGCUUUAAUUUGCUGCAGAAGAACAUGAGCUCUACAUGUUGGUGUAUGUGGUUCAUGUGUGUCUUUGUAUGUUCAGCUCAUUGAGUCACUUCAGACUACAGACUGUGUGAUUCUGCUGUACAGCUAACAUUACAUGAUAGAAGCCCCACAUUAACCUUUAAAGAACCUCUGAAUCUAGUCUUAAUAGUAUUCAGGUUACUGAAGUAACUUGUUGAGAAAAAAGAACCUGUACUUUAAAAGUCCUGCAGAGUCCCUGAGAUCCACAUUCUCAUGAUUGGCUGAACAUACAAAGACAGCGGUGUGCUCUUCAGACUGUGGAGCUCCAGAAAGUUCAUGUUUGCACUUAAAUCUGUGUAAAGUGUAGUGUCGCGUUGUGCAGUGAGACAUGCUGUGUCUCCAACCCUGAGCUCAUCCACUCACUCUGUGAAACUUAAGAGACUUUUAUAUAUUUAUGAUGAUGACUGUCCUCUGCAUUCUUUAAUGACCCGACCCUCCAUAAACAGAGCUGCUAUCAGUCCUGAAGCUUGUCUGUGCUCAGUCUCUCUCAAACAGCUGAUUAUCAGUCAGAGCUGACCUGUAUGUACCUUACUGCUGACCUCUCAGUAUCAUUAGUGCUGCUUCCAAAUGUAGAGACCACAGAGUCCAUUUACUCACUGUGUUCUCAACAGAGCAGCAGGCUGAACAGUCCACACAAGGGACAGAGUGCACACUGA